AUGUUCACUUCUCCACUCACUAAUGACCCCAAGGACAUGCCUCCUGGCCGUUGCCUCGAGAUCCUUUGGUGUGAGGCAAUGCAGAACAUCGAGGCCGCUAAGGGUCAAAUCCUUGUCCCCAAUAACAUCGUCCAGAAUGCCCUCGGCAUGGAUAACCUCGAGGAGAUGUACAGGCGAUUGCGCAAUAUGAACAAUGGAACUGCUUACAUGCACUUCGACGAGUCUUUGGGCGCCUGGUGCCUUAGCACCACAGACAAGUACCGCAAUGAGAGAACGCCGGCUCUGGAGCUGAAGGCACGUAGUUAG